UGCUGCGAUGAAGAAGCAGAACGUCCGCACCGUCUCUCUGAUCCUCUGCAUGUUCUCCUACCUUCUGGUGGGCGCCGCUGUCUUUGAUGCGCUGGAAUCCGAUUCCGAGAGCUCCAUGAAAAAAAUCCUGGAACAGAAGCGCAACGAGAUGAGGAAGAAAUAUCGCUUUUCUGAAGUCGACUAUAAAGAGAUAGAGCGGGUAGUCCUGCAAGCGGAACCACAUCGGGCCGGCAGGCAGUGGAAAUUCGCGGGAUCGUUUUAUUUUGCUAUAACCGUCAUUACCACAAUAGGUUAUGGACAUUCGGCUCCUGGUACGGAUGCAGGAAAAUUGUUCUGUAUGUUCUAUGCAGUUCUAGGCAUCCCUUUGACACUUGUGAUGUUCCAAAGUCUUGGUGAGAGAAUGAACACCUUCGUACGUUUCCUGCUAAAGAAAGUUAAGGAGUGCCUGCACAUGAGAAAGACUGAGGUCUCCAUGGAAAACAUGGUCUUGGUGGGCUUCUUGUCCUGCAUUGGAACCUUGUGCAUUGGAGCUGCCGCCUUUUCCCACUUUGAAGGAUGGACGUUCUUCCAUGCAUAUUACUUCUGCUUCAUCACACUCACCACCAUUGGUUUUGGAGACUUAGUGGCCCUUCAGAAGAAGGAGGACCUCCAAGAGAAGCCUCCAUAUGUGGCCUUCAGCUUCAUGUACAUUCUGCUUGGGCUGACAGUCAUCGGGGCUUUCCUGAACCUUGUGGUCUUGCGCUUCCUCACCCUGAACACGGAGGAUGAGAGGCGCGAUGCAGAGGAGCGGGCAUCCUUGAGGAGACAGAGGGAUAUGAUCACUCUGACCAUGGGGGAGGAUGGUCAUAGCAGGAGUUCCCUCUUUCUGCCAAUGGAGGAAGGCACCAGCCACACCAACUUGAUCCCAUCAAUGGCCGAGGAGCAGGAGGUCUCCCCAGGGCCACACCCCUCUAAGCCUGAAUCCCGCAUGAGGUCACUCUGCUCCUGCAUGUGCUACCACCUGGGUGCCUGUGACAGCCCCCCUCCUGUGCACCACAAGCAUAUGGGCUGCCAUACCAACUCUGUCUACUACAACUCCAUCUCCUACAGUAUUGAGGGAAGCCUUUGCAGCACCAAAGACAGCACUGCUCUGUCUUCCGCAGUAAGAACCAUGAAUCCUGAACUCCUACAUUUCAGGGACUUUCCUUUUGCACGAAGGAAGUCGAUUUAAUUUGUUCACAUGCACGUACACGUACAAAUCGGAUACUGUAUUUUUCUACGUAACAGCAAUGUUUGCUCAGAGAACAUUAUGUACAAAAUGAUGUAGCACUAUUUACACAGGUUUCCAAUGAUUGACAACAGUACAGUUAUCGGCAACAACCAAUGCUAUUUUACUGCUCAAAGGCAUUGUCAAAGUUCUUGUAAAUGUCAAUGAAAUUAUAUUAUUAUCAUUAUUAUUAAUAAUAGCUAACUUGGUUGCUCCUUUGAUCACGUGGUGAACUACUGCUUGUUUCUUGGCACAGCCACAUGAGAGAUUAAGCUAAUUUUAUAUUAUUAUAAUACCUUGAAAUUAUCCUGAAGCUAAGAAUUGAAACUCUUGAGUGUGGUCAUGUAAACUGCGCAAUAUUCCACAAUCUUGGCAGAGUUUUUGCUUCAAUCAAAGCUCAAUUGAUGGAUGAUAUACAAAUUAUUAUUUUUGAAUGGUCCUUUUGUACCAUUUUACUACAGUGAUUAAUUUAGCCUCAGACACUGACAUGUGGCAGACAGCUUUUGGUGCAGGGGUGCUGCUAGAGAUUUCGGGCCCCAUGAAAACAUAU